GUCCUGUCCCAGACACAGCCACCAAUGUCAGGUGUCGGGGAAAUUUUGAAAGCAAUUGGUGAUUUUGGGCGACUCCAGAAAUGCCUGGUGCUGCUCUCCGUGAUCCCCUGCCUCAGUGUGGCUUUCCACCAGUUUUGCCAGCUUUUCAUGGUGGUGGAAGUGCCUCACCACUGUGACACCAGCUGGAUCCGCGCCGUCGGCCCCAACCUGACGGAGGAAGAGCAGCUGAACCUCACCCUGCCCCGCGGCGCCGACGGGGAGUUUGAGCAGUGCUCCAUGUUCUCCCCGGUCGACUGGGACCUGGAUGCCAUCCUGGCCUACGGGCUGAACCACACGCAGAAGUGCAGCAGUGGCUGGGUGUACCCCUCAGAGCAGCCACCGUCCCUGCUGACCGAGUUUGACCUGGUGUGUGACAGGAAGGACCUCAAUGACAUUGCCCAGGCCAUCUACAUGGCAGGGCUGCUCCUGGGAUCCAUGAUCUUUGGGCCUCUGAGUGACAGGAUCGGCCGCCGCCCAGUCAUUCUGAUCUCCGUCUUCCUCCAGGGCUUGUUUGGCCUGGGAAUUGCCUUUGUGCCCCAUUUCUAUGUGUACAUGGCCUUCAGGUGUGUGGUGGGGGCCUCCGUGUCAGGGAUCACCAUGACAAUACUGGCCUUAGCUACGGAAUGGAUCGGUGUCUCCUCCCGGCCAAAGGCAGUGCUCACCUCUCACUGCUGUUUUGCCAUCGGGCAGAUGAUUUUGGCUGGUUUGAGUUACGGAAUUCGCAACUGGAGGCUGCUGCAAAUUGCAGGAUCUGUUCCUAUAUUUGCCUAUUUCUUCUGUAUUGGGGUGCUCCCAGAGUCAGCUCGCUGGCUGGUGACCAAGGGCAGAAUCGAGGAAGCCAAGAAGGUCCUGCAGAAGGCGGCAGCCACCAACAAGCGCAGCCUCCCAGCAGAGCUCCUGCAGCAGCUGAAGCCUGAGAAAGAAGUCAAGUCUGGAGGUUUCCUGGAUCUCUUUCGGAAGAAGCACCUGCGGAAGGUGACUUUAAUCAUGUCAUGUGCCUGGUUUGUGAACAGCUUUGUCUACUACGGGCUGAGUCUGAAUGUGACAAAUUUUGGCCUGGACAUCUACCUGACUCAGCUGGCCUUUGGAGCAGUGGAAAUCCCAGCCCGUGUUGGUUGUAUCUUCACUCUGCAGAGGUUCGGGAGGAGGAAGACGCAGGUCGUUCUCCUGGUGCUGAGUGGCCUGAUGUGCCUGAUCAUCACCGGCAUCCCUGAAGACCAGCCCGUGGCAACCACCGUCCUGGCCACCAUUGGCAAGUUUGCCGCCUCAGCCUCCUUCUCCACCUCCUACGUCUAUGCUGCUGAGCUCUUCCCCACGGUUGUCAGGCAGACGGGCGUGGGGCUGUGCUCCAUGGCGGCGCGGGUGGCCGGGAUCCUGGCCCCGCUGGUCCGCCUGCUGGGCCAGCACCACCGGGCCAUCCCCAUGGCCAUCUUCGGCAGCACCCCCGUGCUGGGCGGGCUGCUCUGCGUCCUGCUGCCCGAGACCGGCGGCACCGACCUGGCAGACGACACCGGGGACGGCCACCCCCCGGCUGAGGUCUGUGAAAAUGCCACCAGCAGCUCUCAGAAUGGGCAGGUGAAAGGAAAAGAUGGUGGCCAAGACAAUGAGAGCACGAAGACCACGUACUUCUAGCUGUGUCUGCAGGUGGCUGUGGAUAAAGGCAGCCCAGGGCUGUGUGGGCACUGAGGACAGGCAGGGUCUCUCCACCACAGGACAUUGUCUUUGCUUAGGCCAUCACUGCCAGUUCUUGGGUUUCCUUGUCUUUUUUGCCUUCCUAUCUCCCUCUGCAGCUUGUCCUCAGGCACUGCAGGCUGUUACUGGGGUCCAACAGUGCUCCCAUCAGAGAAGAUUAGGUGCUUUUUACUUGAGGGAAAAAAAGAAAGAAAUUAAGAAUUAGAGUGGAGGCACUUCCUCUGUGUUUUUCCUGUUAUGUCUCCAGGAAGGUGAGACUGUAAACUUUGUCCAGUGAGACACCCACUAGAGCAUUGAAUAAACUUGCAAGAGAGAACUGGGCUCACUAACAGGGGAGCUGGAGCAGAUGCAGCACUGAAAAUAAUCUCACACUUGCAAGGAGUGAUUUAUCGUGUCUGUCUAGCAAGAUCAUCCCCUUCUCUCAUAAAAACACUCCUUUUUUUUUGUAAAUUUGAGAUACUCAGCUAAGAAAAAAAAAUGUGAUGGAAGAAACAGCAUGCAGGGAGCAAGAAUGUCUAACAGGCAGCAGAAUUUUCUCUUCAGUGCUGGUGGCUUUGAAUUGAUGCCUGUCAUGAUGCUUUGGGCAUGGAAAAUGGUGCUGUUGGGCUGCAGUGUAGGAUGAAAUUGAUUUGUCCAUUCCAGGAAACUGAGGGAUAUUGUGACAGUUGAUCUCUUAGAAAAAGUACAAAGCUUUCUGGGAAAUGUCAAGUCUUUUCCACUCUGUUCUAAUCUAUUCCUUUUUUGCUGGAUCCAUUUUGUCUUUAAAAAUUUAGGACCACUUUUGUCUUAUAUUGUGAAGAAAAC